AUGCCCAGCUACCAGAAAGGACAAAAGGUCAACUACAAACCUGUCGGUGGCGCAGCCUCCAACACAAGCCAAAGCGUCGGCAUCAUCCGCGAAGUCAGCACCGGAGAUACCAACAUGACUGGCCGGAAUGUUGCUGCUUCCGCCGAUGAGCCUCGCUAUGAGAUUGAGAAUAUGAAUACUCAUAAGAGGUCGGCUAUUAAGGAGUCUAACAUCGAGGGGCCGGCGGAGUAG